ACGUGACGUCAUGUGGAGCCGUUAGGGCAGUCAGCUGAGGCAGGAACUCCGACAACAGAAAGUCAACCAGGAAACAGAAGCUGCUAAAACUGACCUGCCGCCCCGGUGUGACGGUGUAAAGAGAUAGGAACCAAGUCAUUUUAUCAGGACAGGAUUUGGAUUUGUAAAUAAGUUGAUACAAAACAAAGCAGCAACAUGGCUUCCCUUUUUAAGAAGAAGACUGUCGAUGACAUCAUCAAGGAACAGUCGAAGGAGCUGCGUGGCACUCAGAGACAGAUCAUCAAAGACAGAACAGCGCUGGAGAGACAAGAGAAACAAAUGAUGGCAGAAAUCAAGAAAAUGGCCAAGAGCGGUAACAAAGAGGCGUGCAAGAUCCUCGCCAAGCAGUUGGUCCAGCUGAGGAGGCAGAUGGGUCGCACAUACUCUGUCAGCUCCAAAGUCACAUCCAUGUCCACACAGACAAAGGUCAUGAACUCCCAAAUGAAGAUGGCUGGUGCAAUGGCCACCUCAGCUAAGACAAUGGCAGCAGUGAAUAAAAAGAUGGACCCACAGAAAACCCUGAAGUCCAUGCAGGACUUCCAGAAGGAGAACAUGAAGAUGGGCAUGACAGAGGAAAUGAUCAACGACACGCUGGAUGAUAUCUUCGAUGAGUCUGGGGAUGAAGAAGAAUCUCAGGACAUUGUCAGCCAGGUUCUGGAUGAGAUUGGCAUUGAGAUCUCAGGAAAGAUGGGGAAAGCUCCAGCUGCAGGAAAGAGCAUCCCCACCGCUGCCUCGUCCAAAGCCACCAUCUCAGACGAGGAGAUCGAGAGACAGCUCCGUGCUCUGGGAGUGGAAUAAAUGUCUUCUUUAUAUUAAUGUUCACAUUGUAAAACCUGUGCAACAUUAAUAUUGAUUGAUACAGACUCUUUGAGACACAAUGUCAUCGCUCAAAUGCUACAGGAGUAACAAAGGGGUGCACAGCGACACAAACGCAUUAAAACUUUUGAAGGCAUGCAGGUAGACAGAUGUAUAUUAACAUUCAUAUUCAUACUUCUUCUGCAGGUGGACUUGCAUAUCACAAAAGCAGAACAUCUGAUCCAUUUAUACAAAAGUAAUAUUUAUUUGGUGCUUGAAGGUGGGCCCAUAAUAGACGCUUAACCUAAAGUUUUGGACCACCUAUACUGUUGUUUACCCUCAUCUAUCUCUCUAUAAGGGCUACAGUAAUAUGUGACCUCAGAACUGUUUUUUUCUAUCUGAUGUUUGAUCAAAGCUCGAGUUAGACAUAUAAUCAAUUAGCUUUCACAAGGCUGAGGAUGGAUGGUGUUUCUCCCAAAAAGUUUUAAUGAGUUAAAUAUGUUAAUUUAAGAGAGCUUGUGGCUUGUCAGACACCAGAUGAAUCUUUAGACUUUCCUUCUCACGCUUCUUACCUGCGAUCUUUGGUGCAGCUGAUUCAUUUAAAACCAGUCUGAUUCACAUCAUGUUCACUUUGUUGUGUAAGUGAAAUAUCUUUUCGGUGUUGGAUGUGGGGUAAUGUAACAUAAUCAUGCAAAAAAGUGAAAGGGAAAACAUGUGUCAUUACACAACUGAUUUGAAGCAGAACAAGGGAAGCAUCAGACAAUUUGGUUAUCAUGUUUUUAAGACACUAAGGUGUAUGAACAUUGGAACUGGAGACGAUGUAACUCAGAUAAACAUAUGCAUGUGAAAUAUAUAACUGAUUUUUCUGCCUUCAGGCUCAGGCAAGGCCUUCAAUUGACUUCAAAGUAAUGCAUGAGAUGCUGAGAUGGAUUGAUCUGAGGCGUUUAAUUUGCACCUCUGAAGUUGCGAUGCUGUACAGCUUGUGCGAGAAAACCUAAUCAAACACAAAUUAGGACUACAGAAAGUUUUCAAAGAGUUUUGCAUCGAUCAUUUGGUACUACUGAGUAAUCAGAUGAGUUUUAUUUUGGAUUUUUGGUUGCAAGUUGAUUAUAUCUUAUUCUGGACAUGGGAUUUACACAGAGAUUGUAGGAUGGCACUGGUCCUGCAGUCCCUUUUUCUCUUUCAGCUGCUGUGCAGUUACUGUCAUUUGUCAUGUUGCCUCACUCACAUACAUGCAGACACUACAGAAACAAUAUGAUGGAAGAGUCGACUAUAAUGACACUGUGAUCCAGGAGAAGUUUCCUCUUCCUCAUAGCUCAAGCUGACUGUUCUGUACAGCUAUUUGUUCAUGUCAGGAGGCUUUGUGAUUGACAGAGGCAUAAUGUUUAGUCUUUGUCUUCCUCUGCCUCUGCCUUUUGUUCCCAUAUUCAUUCCCAUUGCCAAAACAAGUUGAAUUUUUUUAAUUCUUGCAUGACACAAAUAAUACAUCAUUCAUGCAAUUCUUGUAAAUCAUUCUUCCCUCUGAUGUUGAGCACUGUCUUGUGUGAGCAGAAACAAUGUUUGAAAGAUUUUAACAUUGUUUGAGUGGAGUUUUAAUGGUAAAGCAAUGUCCACACUUUUUAAAAGGUGUAUGUAUACUCCUCUUUGUUUCAUUAGUCAGUGUAAAGUGACUGUAAAGGGUGUAUGGCUUUUAUAAAGAAUAAAGUUUCUUCAGGUACA